AUGGACAAGCCCCUGGACAACGCAAACCCGACCAUUCUCAACGCCAACCAGCUCCCCAGCAGGCGGCACAACAAGUCUGCUACGAAGCCCGGCCCCGAGUCUCGCUACGAUGACAUUCUGCUCCCGAAACACUCUGAUCUGUGGGGCCCCUCCUCCCGGGACGUCUCAUCUUGGCCGUCUGAUGACGAGAACGAGGACGUGGAGGCUCCGAUCGACGAGCAGGAAAUCUAUGAUCUCAUCUCCACCAUCUCAGACCCCGAGCAUCCUCACACCCUUGGACAGCUAGCUGUCGUCAACCUGCCCGACAUCCACAUCUCCCCCUCGCCAUCGGCCGGAUUCCACGACCCCGACGCCCUCACACAGGUCCUGGUGGAGUGCACGCCGACUAUCAAUCACUGUUCGCUGGCAACCGUCAUCGGCCUGGCUGUGAGGGUCCGCCUGGAGCAGACGUUGCCGCCAAACUACAGGGUGGAUGUCCGCAUGAAGGACGGCUCCCACGCCCAGGACGACCAGGUCAACAAGCAGCUCGCGGACAAGGAGAGGGUGGCAGCCGCGCUGGAGAACGACACGCUAAGAGGUGUGCUCGACAAGAUGCUCGAGACCUGCCAGCAGGCGUGGUAG